CGUAGUCCCCUCCUUCCCCUUUCUCCUCACCUUCCGACAGCCGAGCGUGGGCAGCGGAGAGAUCCAGUGAGUCAGUCGGCGCCGUUCCCGUCCCAGAGGUCGUCCCUCUCCUGCCGCAAGGCAGCCUCCGCCUCAUGGUACGUUCUUGCGCCGAAGAUCGGGUCUUGGGGUUGCCUGUGAUGGGGACGGAGAUGGUGGAGCUCGGGGCGGGGAUAAUGGAGGUGGUGAUAGUGGAGGUCGUGGCCGCGGCGGCGGCGGCGGCGGAGGCCGCGGCGAGCGACGAGGGUGUCCCCCUUCUAGCGGCUAUUCCAGGCUUGUGGCGCCGUCUUCGGUGCCGGUGGCACCAUUCCCGUGCCUGCCGAGGAUGAGGCCAGAAGACGGUUCAGUGAAGUGAACAAAUUACUCCUUUCAUCGAUGCAUGCAAAGUCAUAUUUUUGGGUUGAUAGUUCAUACUGAUCUGCGUGACAGUGGCACUUCAUUACCGCAGUGAUCGACUACUGGUCUGCUUGUCAGGAGAAAGUAAGUAACCAGUUCGACAAGAAGGACAAGAACAUUGAAAAGAGAUCAAGAAGAAUAUGAGUCAGAUUUCUUACUUCUGGUCCUGGAGAUCCAUUGACGUGUUCAUGGUUCCCAUGAUCACUGCUUGAAGAAGCCAUACGGGGCAAUAAUUUCCUUUGUUUAAACCUCGGAUGGCUUGAUAUUUGCAGACUUUGCUAUCUGCCUGAAAUUUGUUCGUUGGAUGCAGUCAGGCUCCAGAUUGCAAAUAUCCUUCCGCCUGUGAUUUAGGAUAUAGCGUUUGUGAGGGUUUGGCUCAUACCUCGGUUUCUAAGUUGGCGCGCAAAAUAGUUAGAUUGGCGGACAUUUUCCCUCCAGAAUCAGUUGCGAGUAUUACGUGAGGGAGAGAGAGAAACGGAAAUACGUCGAUUCCCUUUUUUUGGGCGAGAAAAGGGACGUGGGGGAGGAAAACUGGGCCAGCCGUUCGAUCGAUAAUGAGCACGGAUGGGAGCACGGGACGGGAGCAGGCAAGACUCGUCCGGCCGGAGCAUGGUCGAAACCACCGCGCGUGCACCGGGACACCCGCUUCGUCUUCGCCGUGACGCCGUCCCUCACGUGUUAUUGCAGUUAAAAUAUUCAUUCAGUCAAUCAAGUGAUCCCAAACAACUCCACCCCAUGCGCCGUCCAUCGUAUUCGUUGGUCCCACCUGCAGCUGCUACGACACGUCUCUCCACCAACGCCGCCGGGGUCGGGGGAGGCGACACAUGCUCUCGCGUGUCACCGUCGGUUGUUCUCUGUUUGGAAUUUCGCGAGCUCUCGCAGCCGAGGCAGACAGUGACGAGACUGCGACACGGAAGGGUGGAAGGCUCACUAAGAUAAGGAGAUCGAGCACAUGGGAAUCGGAUUCCGGCACGCAAAUCUCUCCCCCCUUUUCGCCUCCGCGCGAUGGCUUCCUCGACGCCGCAGCCGCCGCCGUCCGCGGCGGUCUUUGCCGUCAACGGCCAGCGCUUCGAGCUCCGCGGUGGCGACGACCCGGGCGCCACCCUCCUCGACUUCAUCCGCACCCGCACCCGCUUCACCGGCCCCAAGCUCGGCUGCGGCGAAGGUGGGUGCGGCGCGUGCGUAGUGCUGCUCUCCACGUACGACGCGGCGGCCGACCAGGUCUCGCACGCCGCCGUGAGCUCGUGCCUGACCCUUGUGCACGGGCUCCACCACUGCGCGGUCACCACCACCGAGGGCCUCGGGAACAGCCGCGACGGGCUCCACGCCGUGCACGCGCGAUUCGCGGGCUUCCACGCCUCGCAGUGCGGCUUCUGCACGCCCGGGAUGUGCAUGUCCCUCGCCGCCGCGCUAGCCGGCGCAGAGGGCAAGGGGUCCGGUCCGCCUCCGCGGGAGGGGUUCUCGAGGCUCACGUCGGCUGACGCGGAGCGCGCUGUCGUGGGUAACCUGUGCCGCUGCACGGGGUACCGCCCCAUUGCCGACGCCUGCAAGAGCUUCGCGGCAGACGUCGAUUUGGAGGACCUUGGUCUCAACUCCUUCUGGAAAAAGGGAGACGCUCAUGUCGACAAAUUGCCACCGUACAAGGAGGGGAGCAUUGGUGCUUUCCCAGAAUUUCUCAAGGCUGAGAUCAGAGCCUCUCUGAGGAUUGAUAAGUGUAUGUCGGCUACGGUAAUGGCGGGAAGCGAGAGCUCUUGGCAUCGACCUCGGAGUGUGGAGGAGUACUACAGGCUGAUAGCUUCCGAUUCAGUCGAUGGAAGUGGCACAAAGGUGGUCGCAGGCAACACCUCUUCUGGUGUUUACAGGGAGGCAGAGGUGUAUGAUAGGUACAUUGACUUGAGAGACAUCCCAGAGUUGAAUUCAGUAUCCAAGGAUUCCGAGGGUGUUCAAAUUGGAGCUGCAACAUCGAUCUCUCGGGUUAUUGAGAUUUUAAGACGAGAAGGUGAUGACUGCAAGGAUGUCAUCUUUGGUAAGAUUGCUGAUCACAUGGAAAAGGUGUCCUCUCAUUAUGUUCGGAACACGGCAACCUUGGGUGGAAAUUUGGUGAUGGCUCAAAGGGACGAAUUUCCCUCUGAUAUUGCAACUAUUCUUCUUGCUGCUGGUUCGUCAGUGUGCAUCCAGGUAUCAUCAGGAAAAUUGAAUGUCACGUUGGAUGAGUUCCUGGAAAUGCCACCAUGUGAUUACAAGACACUACUGUUAAGCAUUUCUGUUCCUCAUUGUACUCCUGACAAUGUCUCAUCAAGUGCUGGGGCUGUAAAUAUGACAGGAGAUAAGACAGAAAGUUCACUGCUAUUUGAGACAUACCGAGCUGCUCUGCGCCCUCUUGGAAAUGCAGUUGCUUACCUUAACUGCGCUUUCUUUGCUCAAAUCUCCUCUGAUGAAAGUUCAGGAAGCUUAAUACUGGAAAAACUAAAUUUAGCUUUUGGUGCAUUUGGAACCCGACAUGCUAUCAGGGGUAGAGACGUUGAGAAGUACUUAGUUGGUAAACCCAUUAGUGCAUCAGUCCUGCUUGAAGCAUGCACCGUUCUUAAGAAAAGCAUUGUUCCAAAAGAAGGCACAACACAUUCUGCUUACAGGUCAAGCUUGGCAGUUGCCUUUCUGUUUACUUUUCUUUACCCAAUGACCAAACGAAAUGUGAAGCCUGCAAGAUCAGCUCGUCUAAAUGGCCAUGCUGCUUCUGAUACCAAUGGAAAUCCAAAUUGUCCACCCAGUGCAGAUAUUGACUUGUCACUUAAGGAGACCAAUAGUGUGAAAUCUGGUCUGCAUAACAAUGACCACAUACUUGAAUCUUGCAAGCAGAUAGUUGAAAUCAGUAAAGAUUAUCUCCCAGUUGGCAUACCAGCGAAGAAAGUUGGAGCAGAACUCCAAGCCUCUGGUGAGGCUGUAUAUGUGGAUGACAUCCCUUCUCCAGAGGGCUGCCUUUAUGGAGCAUUUGUAUAUAGUACAAAGCCUUUAGCUCAUGUGAAUAGCAUAGAGCUCGACCCUUCUCUCGAGCAGCUGAAAACUGUGGCAGUUAUCACUGUUAAGGAUAUUCCAAAGGGGGGUGGCAAUUUUGGGGCCAACACUAUAUUUGGACCUGAACCUCUGUUUGGCGAUCCACUUACUCAGUGUGCUGGGGAACCUCUUGGUAUCGUGGUUGCAGAAACACGAAAUUUUGCCAAUAUAGCUGCCAAACGAGCUGUAGUCAACUACAGCACAGAAACUUUGGAUAGCCCAGUUUUAUCGAUAGAGGAGGCAGUUAGAAGAUGCAGUUAUUUUGAAACCCCACCAUUUCUUCUUCCGCAAAAUGUUGGUGAUUUUUCCAAAGGGAUGGAAGAAGCCGAUCAGAAGAUCUACUCAGCUGAGGUGAAGCUUAACUCACAGUAUUACUUUUACAUGGAAACACAAACUGCUCUAGCCAUACCUGAUGAGGAUAAUUGCAUGGUAGUGUAUAGCUCAAGUCAGUGCCCUGAGGCAGCACAAAAUAACAUUGCAACAUGCCUCGGUUUACCUUGUCACAAUGUUCGUGUUAUCACUAGAAGAGUUGGUGGUGGCUUCGGAGGAAAAGCUGUUAGAUCAUUACCAGUGGCGGCGGCCUGUGCACUUGCAGCAUUUAAGUUGCGUCGUCCUGUUCGAAUGUAUCUUGAUCGCAAGACUGACAUGAUAAUGACUGGAGGUCGGCAUCCCAUGAAAAUAUGCUAUUCGAUAGGAUUCAAAUCAGAUGGGAAGGUCACAGGAUUGCAUGUAGAUUUGUUCAUAAAUGCAGGAAUGACCAUGGACAUUAGCCCAAUUAUUCCUCAUAAUUUCAUAGAGGCACUGAAGAAAUAUAAUUGGGGUACCUUUUCAUAUGAUGCAAAGAUUUGCAAAACAAACAUUUCAACACGGUCUGCAAUGCGGGGCCCUGGAGAAGUGCAAGGUUCUUAUGUUGCUGAAGCUAUUAUUGAGCAUGUCGCGUCAGUUCUCUCUACUGAUGCUAAUUUGGUAAGGCAGAGAAAUAUUCACACAGUGGAGAGCCUUGCUUUGUUUCACAGUGAGUGUCUGGAAAAUGCCUUGGGGUAUACACUUCCCUCUAUCUGUAAUCAGUUGACUGCAUCAGCAAAUUACCAAUAUCGUUCAGAAAUAAUCCAGACCUUUAACAAAACCAGCCAGUGGAAAAAGAGGGGACUUUCUUUUGUUCCGAUAGUGCAUAAAGUGUUAUCUCGACCGACACCUGGAAAGGUGUCUAUUCUUAACGAUGGAUCCAUUGUUGUUGAAGUUGGAGGCAUUGAGUUAGGCCAGGGACUUUGGACAAAAGUGAAGCAGAUGGCAGCAUUUGGUCUUGGACAGUUGUGGGCUGAUCGAAGCCAAGACCUGUUGGAAAGAGUACGAGUUAUUCAAGCAGACACGUUAAGUGUGGUACAGGGAGGGUGGACCACAGGGAGUACCACAUCAGAAUGCAGCUGUGAAGCAGUUCGACUUGCCUGCAAUAUCAUGGUUGACAGGCUGAAAUCACUCAAGGAGCAAUUGCAAGAAAAGCAUGGCAAAGUUUCAUGGGAUGGACUAAUUUCACAGGCAAAAAUGGCUGGUGUGGAUUUGUCAGCAAGAGAAUAUUACAUUCCUGGGGCUUCUGGUUCAUACCUAAACUACGGAGCUGCUGCUAGUGAGGCAGAGAUUGAUCUUCUCACGGGAGCAACUACAGUUUUGCGCAGUGAUCUUAUAUAUGACUGUGGCCAGAGCUUAAAUCCUGCUGUGGACAUGGGGCAGGUGGAAGGGGCCUUUGUUCAGGGAAUUGGUUAUUUCAUGAGUGAGGAAUAUGUGACCAAUACGGAUGGGCUGGUUGUCUCGGACGGGACUUGGACAUACAAGAUCCCAACCGUGGACACCAUCCCUAAACAGUUUAAUGUUGAGCUGCGCAACAGUGGAUUCCACAAGAAGAGAGUGCUGUCUUCAAAAGCAUCUGGGGAGCCGCCUUUGCUCCUUGCAGCUUCAGUUCACUGCGCAACAAGGGAUGCAAUUGCCGCAGCAAGGAAGGAACUCCACUGUUGUGGGUCUGGACCGUCUUCACCUUCGUUCUUUGAGUUGGAAGUUCCGGCAAUCAUGCCUGUGGUGAAGGAGCUGUGUGGCUUGGACAAUGUGGAGAAGUAUUUGGAAACUCUAGUGGGUUCCAAAUAAAUACAGACGAAUUUCACAUUUGGCAAAGUAAAUUAUAAUGAUAGCAUUAUAAGGUAUACUUCUUGCAUAGUACUCUGGGCAUACUAGAAGGUACUGAUCCAUUUGUUAACGCAUGUACAAUUCGACUAUAACAGAAUUUUGUUUGGUUGUGCCACAUUUGUUCGAUAAUUUCAUUCAGGCACGGACUUACAGUA